UCUCUCAGUCAGCUGGUGAGCGGCGGUGGCUGGGCAAGUUCAACUCGUCCUGGACGCAUCUGCUCCAGAAGGUCAGGGAGGAGUGGAAUCACUUUUCCAUGGGGGACCACUUUGAGAAGGGCCAGCAAGCUUUGCUCAAUGAAGGAGAAGAGAAUGAGAUGGAGAUAUUUGGCUACCGGACUCAGAGCUGCCGGAAAACCCUCUGCCUUGCUGGAUCUAUCUUCUCCUUUGGGAUCCUCCCCUUGGUGUUUUACUGGAGACCCGCUUGGCACGUGUGGGCAAAUUGCAUCCCGUGUUCCUUGCAAGAAGCAGACGUCGUGUUGCUGAGGACAACAGAUGAAUUCCGCACUUACUCUUGGAAAAAGGUAGUGUGGAUCUGCCUGUCAGCAUUGAACAGUGCAUUUCGGCUCAUUCCUGAUCACCCUCUCAUCACAGAUGAGGAAUAUAUCAUAAAUAGAGCCAUAAGAAAGCCAGACCUAAAGGUGAGAUGCAUAAAAGUGCAGAAAAUAAGAUAUGUUUGGAACAACUUGGAAGGACAGUUCCAGAAAAUUGGCUCUUUGGAAGACUGGCUCAGUUCUGCCAAGAUACAUGUAAAGUUUGGAUCAGGCCUAACAACAGAAGAACAAGAGAUUAGGAGGUUAAUAUGUGGGCCAAAUACUAUCGAUGUUGAAAUCACACCCAUCUGGAAACUGCUCAUCAAGGAGGUUUUAAAUCCAUUUUACAUAUUUCAGCUCUUCAGUGUCUGUCUGUGGUUUAGCGAAGACUAUAAGGAGUAUGCUUUUGCUAUCAUAAUCAUGUCAUUCAUUUCCAUCGCUUUGACCGUAUAUGAUCUCAGAGAGCAAUCUGUAAAGCUCCACCAUUUAGUUGAAUCACAUAAUAGCAUUACAGUCUCUGUAUGUGAGAAAAAGGCUGGAGUCCAGGAGCUGGAAUCACGCUUCCUGGUACCUGGAGAUCUAUUAAUUUUGACGGGGAACAAAGUGCAAAUGCCGUGUGAUGCCAUUCUGAUAGAUGGAAGCUGUGUGGUAGAUGAAGGCAUGCUGACAGGAGAAAGUAUUCCGGUCACUAAAACUCCAUUACCUAAGAUGGAUAGCUCUGUGCCCUGGAAAACACAGAGUGAAGCGGAUUACAAACGGCAUGUCCUCUUCUGUGGAACAGAGGUUAUCCAGGCCAGGGGGGCUUGCUCUGGCACCGUGAAAGCAGUAGUACUGCAGACAGGAUUCAACACUGCAAAGGGGGACCUCGUGAGAUCUAUUCUCUACCCCAAGCCGAUGAAUUUUAAGCUCUACAGGGAUGCCAUCAGGUUCCUCCUGUGCCUCGUAGGGACAGCCACCAUCGGGAUGAUCUAUACUUUGUGCGUCUAUGUGCUCAGUGGGGAACCUCCGGAGGAGGUGGUGAAGAAAGCCCUUGAUGUCAUCACAAUUGCGGUUCCUCCCGCUCUACCUGCUGCCCUGACCACAGGCAUUAUCUAUGCCCAGCGGAGGCUGAAAAAGAGAGGCAUCUUUUGUAUUAGCCCCCAGAGGAUUAAUGUAUGUGGACAAUUAAACCUUGUCUGCUUUGACAAGACAGGUACCUUAACAAGGGAUGGCUUGGAUCUCUGGGGAGUCGUGCCCUGUGAUAGGAGUGGCUUCCAGGAAGUCCACAGCUUUGCCUCAGGCAAGGCUUUGCCAUGGGGCCCACUGUAUGCAGCCAUGGCCAGCUGCCAUUCUCUGAUCCUCCUGGAUGGGACCAUCCAUGGAGACCCACUGGACCUCAAAAUGUUUGAAGCUACUACCUGGGAAAUGGUGGUUUCCGGGCAUGAUUUCCACAUCAAGGGAGCACCGGCAUGUGCCAUGGUUGUUAAGCCCUGCAAAACAGCCAGCCAGGUCCCAGUGGAAGGAAUUGCAAUCCUGCAUCAGUUCCCAUUCUCGUCAGCGCUGCAGAGGAUGACAGUCAUUGUCCAAGAGAUGGGGGGUGACUGGCUGGCGUUCAUGAAAGGUGCACCGGAGAGGGUGGCCAGCUUUUGCCAACCUGAGACAGUACCAACUAGUUUUGUUAGUGAACUUCAGAUGUACACGACACAGGGCUUCCGGGUCAUAGGACUGGCCUACAAAAAGCUGGAAAUGGACCAUCAUACCACUGCCUUGAUGAGGGACCAGGUAGAAUCAGACCUGAUAUUUCUGGGAUUGCUGAUCUUGGAGAAUCGACUGAAGGAAGAGACAAAACCUGCCCUGGAAGAGCUCAUCUCAGCCCAGAUAAGGACUGUAAUGAUCACAGGUGACAAUCUUCAGACUGCAAUAACAGUGGCCAGAAAGUCUGGAAUGGUUUCUGAAAGCCAGAAAGUCAUUCUCAUUGAAGCAAAUGAAACUACUGAGUCCUCAUCAGCAUCUAUAUCUUGGCAAUUAGUCGAAGAGAAGAAACAUAUUGCUUAUAGGAAUCAGGACAGUUACAUUAACAUCAGGAAAGAAGUCUAUGAUACCAGCAGAGAAGGAAGUUACCAUUUUGCCCUAAGUGGAAAAUCCUUCCAGGUUAUAAGUCAACAUUUCAGCAGCCUACUGCCAAAGAUAUUGAUCAAUGGGACCAUCUUUGCAAGAAUGUCUCCAGGGCAGAAAUCCAGUCUGGUGGAAGAAUUUCAGAAACUAGAUUACUUUGUAGGUAUGUGUGGUGACGGAGCCAAUGACUGUGGGGCUUUGAAAAUGGCUCACGUGGGCAUCUCUUUAUCAGAGCAGGAGGCAUCUGUGGCCUCACCUUUCACUUCCAAAACUCCAAACAUUGAAUGUGUACCUCACCUUAUCAAGGAAGGACGUGCAGCUCUCGUUACCUCAUUUUGCAUGUUUAAGUACAUGGCUCUGUACAGCAUGAUUCAGUAUGUUGGUGUUCUGCUGCUCUACUGGGAGACAAACAGCCUUUCAAAUUACCAGUUUCUGUUCCAGGAUCUGGCCAUUACAACUCUUAUUGGUGUAACAAUGAAUUUGAAUGGUGCCUAUCCCAAGCUGGUGCCUUUCAGACCUGCAGGACGGCUGAUCUCCCCGCCUCUGCUGCUCUCUGUGAUUCUCAACAUUCUUCUCAGCCUGGCCAUGCACAUUGUGGGCUUCAUUCUGGUUCAGAGGCAGCCUUGGUAUUCCAUGGGGAUGCACAGUACCUGCACAGUGCAAAAUGAAACCACCUCAAAGUUAACCAUUUCUCCAACUGCUCCAGAUAAGAUCGGAAGUAAUGGUGUCUUCACAAGUUUUGAGAACACUACUAUAUGGUUCUUGGGAACAAUCAACUGUAUCAUUGUGGCUCUUGUCUUCUCUAAAGGAAAACCAUUUAGGCAGCCCACAUACACAAACUAUAUAUUUGUCCUUGUGCUGGUCAUACAGCUGAGUGUGUGUCUAUUCAUUCUAUUUGCCGAUAUUCCAGAAUUAUAUAGGCGUCUGGAUCUGCUCUGCACUCCUGUCCUGUGGAGGGUCUACAUUGUCAUUAUGCUCGGCUCCAAUUUCAUUGUGUCCCUGGUCGUGGAGGAGGCCAUCAUUGAAAAUAGAGCCCUGUGGAUGAUAAUCAAAAGGUGUUUUGGCUAUCAAUCAAAAAGCCAGUAUCGGAUAUGGCAGAGGGCCUUGGCAAAUGACCCCAGUUGGCCCCCCAUAAACCAGACCUCCUACUCUGACAUGCCGGCGUGUGGCAGGGGAGUAUCUUAUAGCAACCCGGUGUUUGAGAGCAACGAGGAGCAACUUUGAAGGCAAUGUGGUAUCCAAGUUUAUAUAACAUAGUAACGAUGACAAAAGGGACCAGUUUCAGUGAUUUGUUUUUAAGCAGCGAGACUCUUACAAUAUCAGCUAGAGUUUUUGGACUCAAAAUCCUGCCCAAUCGUGGUGACAAAUUAAAGUCUUUUUGAUAAAAUACUUUCUACAGAGCAGAACACUGCCCUAGGAGAGUGUUUUUCUCUUGGCUUCUGAAAGUACUAGAGGUGUUCAGUGAUUCCAGAAUGGUCCAGGGAUGGCAAUGGGCCAAGAGAUUGGGAGGCGAAAGGAAGAGAGUGCGUAGUCUUUCUUCUUACAUAAUAUAUUUUUUAAAUGAGUUGAGGGAAAGGAGCAUAGAAUUGUAAACAUGUUAAAGAUCAUUUUUAAAUUCUUAUUUCAUUGAUGGAAAAACAAAUGCAUGAGAACCAUCACACCACUCUUCACUGUCUGGUUUCCUUUCCUUUGUGGUACUUUUCAGAUUUGAGAUGUUUCCUUCCAUUUCUGGCCUUCCCCUAAGUAUUAGUAAGGAUAGGCUGAGCCGAUGCUGCAAUAACAAACAACUC